CUAUCCUAGCGAGAUGGAAAGCAGUAUCGUGGUGCUGUUUGGACUAUACUUCAUACAGGGUCUGCCCUAUGGCCUGCAGGCAGGGUUCAUGCCGAUUUAUCUCCGCACGAAGGGCAGCUCGCUUGCGCACGUCAGUGCGUUCAAACUACUGCUCGCACCAUGGUUUCUCAAGGGCACAUGGGCGCCGCUCGUCGACCGCUACGGCACAAAGAUGCGGUGGCUUCGAGCGUCCGUCGCGGCGAUGUGCGUCGCGUGCUGCGCUCUGGCGGCGACCGACCCCGGCGACUCGUCGUUCGCCGCGCUCAUCUUUGCGCUGAACGUGUUCUCGGCGACGCAGGACGUUGCCGUCGACGGUGUCGCGAUGCAGACGCUCUCGGCCAGUGAGCUUGGCGCCGGAAACACGGCGCAGGUCGUCGGAUACAAGGUGGGCGCGGCGGCCGCCGGCCUGCUGGGGGUUGUCGAGGCGAGGGUGGGAUGGACACGAAUGUUCCUGAUGUUAUCCGCUAUCUACGCCGUCAGUUACGCACUCCUGUCGGCGUUCGAGCCGAAGAAUGUUGAUGCGGGAACGUCGGGUGUGGCCUCCCCGAAGAGUUCGGAACAGAGUUUCCAUGGCGAUCAAUCGGAGAUUGCCGAUGCUUGUCAAAGGGCUCCUGGAAAAGAAUCCUGGGAAAGUCUGUACAGAAGUCUACUUCACACAGAUGGCACUCUGUGGGUGGCCACAUUUGUAUUGACGUAUAAACUAGGGGAGCAGGGAGCAAUAUCACUGAUGCCCCUCUUUCUAGUAGACAGUGGAAUGUCGUCGUCGCGAGUGACGUUUUGGUGUGGAAUUCUGGGAAUGACAGCCUCGAUUGCCGGAUCUUUCUGGGGCGGACAUCUAGUGACAAACCGCCGGAUUGCUCCAGCCUAUGUAGCGCUACGUCACUGCACACUUCGCAUCAUUCCGAUGUUGGCCAUGCUAUGGGUGACGUGGAGCAUGCAUUUGCACGGCAGUUUGAGCAUACUGGAAGACUUCUCCUCGUUGGCUGGCCUCUGCCUCCUUCACUUCCACGGCGGUGUCGUCACCACGGCAACGUUCACGUUGAUGAUGCAGUGCUCGCGGAACGCCCCGCCUCGCUGCCAGGCGACGCACUACACGCUGCUAGCGACCGCCGAGGUGCUUGGCAAGAUGGCGCUCACCGUCGCGCUGGGUGGCGUCGCGGAGACGUGCGGGUACGUGCCGUCGCUGGCACUAGCACUGCUGCUCUCAGUCUAUCCCCUUUAUAGCCUACGCUCGUGCCCAAGCGCGUUUCUGGAUGGUUAAGCAUUUCUUAUCGACAUUGACGAAUCUCCGGAGCAGGAAGUCGUCAGGGGGGCACUGGGAACAGUACCAAGCAAUGUAUACAACCUUACAAAUGCACACACAAGCAUUCUACAUGGUUCCCACAAAAGUGUUAAUUAUUUUUUCAAGGACUUUUCAA